AUGCCUGAGGGACGUCAAUCACCAGCUCCUGAGGAUCAGAGCGGUCGCCAGCAGCAGGAUCCUCCUGCCUCUGGUCACGGUAUCAACAAGACCGAUGGCAAGGACCCCAAGGGCCAGCUUGAGAACCUCUCAUCGAACCCUAAGGGUCUCACCGACGAUGUUGUAGAGGAGAAGUUCUCCAAGACCGAGAAGAAAUAG